UUUAAUAAGAAAAAAAAGCUCAGAAAUUGUUCCACUCUUUCAAUCAGUUCCUCCUUGCUCAAGCAAAGCACAAAGCCAGAACCCCAAACUCGGAAACCUAACUCACUGAAUCGUCACUGAAAAUCGCCAUGGAAGGACAGGAGGGAACUCAGCAAGCUCACCUUGUUCUCGCCAACAAGCUCUUUCUUCUCUCUCACUCUGAUGUACAAGACAUCGAGAAGGUUCGCCUACGGGACGAGGUCUUGACCUCCGUCAAAGCCGACGGUAUGGCUCCGUUGUACGAAACCCUAAUUGCGGAUUCGGUGCUGGAAUCGGAUCAGGCUCUCUUGGAUUCGAUGCGUGCAAAGAACGACGAGGAGCUCAAGAAGCUUGACGAGAAAAUUGCUGAUGCAGAAGAGAACUUGGGUGAAAGUGAAGUUAGAGAAGCUCAUUUGGCCAAAUCCUUGUUCUUCAUCCAAGUUGGUGACAAGGAAAAAGCAUUAGAGCAACUCAAGGUAACGGAAAGCAAAACUGUUGCGGUUGGACAAAAGAUGGACUUAGUUUUUCACACUUUGCAGCUCGGUUUCUUUUACAUGGAUUUUGACCUCAUUUCUAAAAGUAUAGAUAAAGCAAAGAACUUGUUUGAGGAGGGAGGUGAUUGGGAAAGGAAGAAUCGAUUGAAGGUUUAUGAAGGCUUGUUUUAUAUGUCGACCCGGAAUUUUAAGAAGGCAGCUACUCUGUUCUUGGAUUCCAUUUCAACUUUCACCACUUACGAAAUUUUCCCAUAUGACACUUUCAUAUUUUACACCGUCCUUACAAGUAUCAUAUCAUUGGAUAGAGUUUCUCUAAAACAAAAGGUGGUAGAUGCACCAGAGAUACUGACAGUGAUUGGGAAGAUCCCAUAUCUUUCUGAUUUCAUGAACUCUCUAUAUGAUUGUCAAUACAAAUCGUUUUUUACAGCAUUUGCCGGUCUGACAGAACAAAUAAAAUUGGACCGCUAUCUGCAUCCCCACUUCCGGUAUUACAUGAGGGAGGUCAGAACUGUUGUGUAUUCUCAGUUUUUGGAAUCCUACAAGAGUGUCACCAUUGAAGCAAUGGCAAAGGCAUUUGGUGUUACAGUUGAAUUCAUUGACGUGGAGCUGUCUCGAUUCAUUGCAGCGGGAAAGCUACACUGCAAGAUCGACAAAGUUGCCGGUGUUCUUGAAACCAACAGGCCUGAUGCAAAGAAUGCUUUGUACCAAGCAACCAUCAAGCAGGGAGACUUCUUAUUGAACCGGAUCCAGAAGCUAUCACGAGUGAUAGAUUUGUAGGUAGAGAGAGUCGUCACAUGGUCCUUAUUCAAUGAUAAUGAAAUGCUGGAGUGUCAUUAUCUUUUCAUGCCUGUCAUCAAUUAAAAUAUGCGUUUAUAUUGUUUUUUUUUUUUGAGAAACCGUUUAUAUUGUUAUACAAGGAUAUUGUUUUUCUUGGAUGAUUUUUUUUUGGGGUGGUGGGGGUUGGGGUUUGGUUGGAGAAAGGCCCAAAUGGUUACUAUUAAUGGCUACCUUCUUUGAACACCA